AUGCUAUAUGAGGCAAUCUCGCGUGUAAUUGGGGACAUGUGCGUCCGCCUGGGGGUGCCGCUCACUCUUCGGAGCAUCUCGCUUCUGCUGGAUAACACCAUCCAUGAGCAACUACUGGAGGUCGCGUGCCAGCGAAUGGUCGAGGAAGGCAAACUAAUCCAGAUUGACAAGGACUCUUACACAACGCGCAACAUGCGCUUCGCGUGCCGCGUCAACCUGCUGAUCAGCCGUGAGUACCAGCGAUUGGGCAUGACACUCCUGCACACGGAUGAGGACUCGGAAGUGCGGUACAUCCCCGCGGGCGCAGAGCACCGCUUCUUUGAGGUGAAGCCGUCUUCCAUCGGCGCCCACGCUGGCCUCGGCCUUUUCCUGCGCUCCACCCGGCGCGUUCCGCAAGGCUGCGUACUCUGCGAGUACCGUGGCCGCACCCUCACCUCCGCAGCCAGCAGCGCGGCAAAGGGGGUGUACGUCGUGCGAGUGCGCUCCAGCGGCACGUUCAUCGACGGUGUUACAGCCGCCGGUGAGCACCUUUCACUCGCCACCUUCAUCAACGACCAUGGACCUCUGAAGGCGAAUGCGCAGCUGAUGGAGUACGACUCCCACUCCGGCCGUGUGUUCAUUGUUGCGAUCCGGGACAUUGCCCCUGCUGAGGAGAUCUUUGUCGUGUAUGGCGCCACGUACUGGGGCUUCUCAUCCUACGAGGAACUGAAAGAGCACUUAGUGCCGCCGUCUACGCCUGUUUGCAGGGCGACAACGGCGUUGAGCCAGGCGAACACAUGCCGGAAGUGUGGCGAGAUCGUUCCAUGGCGAGCUCUGCGGCUCCACAGCGACGUCUGUGGCGACCCGCUCACGUCUACAUUGCUGCAAAACCUUGACUGCCUUCCGCGAAGCGAGUACACGGCUGUCUGCACGGCUGGUCGCAUACUUGCUGGUGAGCGCGUGCGUGCCUUUCACAAGGCAACGUCACUCGUGAGCUUGUCAGACCCGCAGACGUUGGCACACACCUUCGAGGACAUUGUACAGGACCUGGAGUUCUGCUUCACUGACGACGCCGAGGGAAAGGACUCGUCGUAG